AUGGCACGCGUAAAGAUGGGUCUCUUCGCUCUCCUGUGUCUCCCCACAUUCUUCUACCGCGUCCUCGUGCUCUCCCACAGCAGCAGCAUCAAUGAGCGGUCGGUGGUCCCCCGCGCCGUGUCCCGCUCCGUGGCUCGUAUGGACGGAGACGUGAUCAUCGGGGCGCUCUUCUCCGUCCACCACCAGCCGUCUGCGGAGAAGGUGGCAGAGCGGAAGUGCGGGGACGUCCGCGAGCAGUAUGGCAUCCAAAGGGUGGAGGCAAUGUUCCACACAUUGGACCGGAUCAACGCAGACCCAAACCUGCUCCCCAACAUCAGCCUGGGCUGUGAGAUCCGAGACUCCUGCUGGCACUCCUCUGUUGCCCUGGAGCAGAGCAUCGAGUUCAUCCGGGACUCCCUUAUCUCCAUUCGGGAUGAUAAGGACGGGUCCAAAUGGUGCAUUGACGGCACCCCGUCCCACCAGCCUCCACCCACCAAGAAGCCCAUCGCCGGAGUGAUCGGACCGGGAUCCAGCUCUGUGGCCAUUCAGGUGCAGAACCUUUUGCAGCUCUUCAACAUCCCACAGAUCGCCUACUCUGCCACAAGCACUGACCUGAGUGACAAGACUCUGUUCAAGUACUUCCUGAGGGUCGUGCCCUCAGACACCCUCCAGGCCCGGGCCAUGCUGGACAUUGUCAAGCGAUACAACUGGACCUACGUGUCUGCGGUGCAUACUGAGGGUAGCUACGGGGAGAGUGGCAUGGAGUCUUUCAAGGAGCUGGCCUCUCUGGAAGGCUUAUGCAUUGCCCACUCGGACAAGAUCUAUAGUAAUGCGGGGGAGAAGCACUACGAUCGUCUUUUAAGGAAACUACGGGAACGUCUUCCCAAAGCUCGUGUAGUGGUGUGUUUUUGCGAGGGCAUGACUGUCCGAGGUCUCCUGAUGGCCAUGAGGAGACUGGGGGUGUUUGGGGAGUUCCUCCUCAUUGGCAGUGAUGGAUGGGCCGACCGUUACGAGGUUGUAGAGGGUUAUGAGCAGGAAGCAGAGGGCGGAAUCACCAUGAAGCUGCAGUCAGAAGUGGUCAAGACCUUUGAUGAUUACUACCUGAAGCUGCGUCUGGACACCAACACCAGGAACCCAUGGUUCGCUGAGUUCUGGCAGUACCGUUUCCAGUGCCGCCUGCCGGGCCACCCACAGGAGAACAAGAACUACAAGAAAGUCUGCACCGGAAAUGAGAGCCUGCAUGAAAACUAUGUUCAAGAUAGUAAAAUGGGCUUUGUCAUCAAUGCCAUCUAUGCCAUGGCUCAUGGCCUCCAUGAUAUGCACAAGGAGUUGUGCCCAGAGAAGACAGGGCUUUGUGAGGCCAUGGACCCUAUCGACGGCAGCAAGCUGCUGGACUACCUGCUAAAGACGUCUUUCAGAGGAGUCUCAGGAGAGGAGAUUUAUUUCGAUGAAAACGGAGACACCCCAGGAAGGUAUGACAUCAUGAAUCUACAGAGUGUGGGUGAUGUGGCUGAUGGUCGUUAUGACUACAUAAAUGUGGGCUCCUGGCAUGAGGGCAUCUUAAGCAUCGAUGACAACAAGCUGUGGUUAAACAGUAGCGAAAUGGUCCGCUCAGUCUGCAGUGAGCCAUGCUCCAAAGGACAGAUCAAGGUGAUUAGGAAGGGCGAGGUGAGCUGCUGUUGGAUCUGCACCACAUGCAAGGACAAUGAGUACGUCCAGGAUGAAUUUACCUGCAAGGCAUGUGAGCUGGGAUGGUGGCCUGAUGAUGACCUGGAAGGCUGCCAGCCCCUGCCUCUGAAGUAUCUUGACUGGGCAGAUGUGGAAUCCAUAGUGGCAGUGGUUUUCUCCUGCGUGGGCAUCCUGAUCACCUCCUUUGUCACCUUUGUGUUCAUCCAGUAUCGUGAUACGCCUGUGGUUAAGUCUUCCAGCAGAGAACUCUGUUAUAUCAUCUUGGCAGGCAUCUUCCUGGGCUACAUCUGUCCAUUCACCUUAAUCGCCCAUCCAACAGUGGCCUCCUGCUACUUGCAGCGCCUCCUGGUGGGCCUUUCAUCUGCCAUGUGCUACUCUGCUCUGGUGACCAAAACCAACCGCAUUGCCCGCAUUCUGGCAGGCAGCAAGAAGAAGAUCUGCACCAGGAAGCCCCGUUUCAUGAGUGCCUGGGCCCAGGUGAUCAUCGCCUUUAUGCUUAUCAGUGUGCAGCUCACUCUGGAGAUCACACUCAUCAUUCUAGAGCCUCCUGAGCCCAUCAAAUCCUACCCGAGCAUACGUGAGGUCUACCUCAUCUGUAAUACCAGCAACUUAGGCAUGGUGGCACCACUGGGAUACAACGGCCUGCUAAUCAUGAGCUGCACCUACUAUGCCUUCAAGACAAGAAACGUACCAGCCAAUUUCAAUGAGGCUAAAUAUAUUGCCUUUACAAUGUACACUACCUGCAUCAUCUGGUUGGCAUUUGUGCCCAUCUAUUUUGGCUCAAACUACAAGAUCAUAACCACAUCCUUCUCUGUCAGCCUGAGUGUAACAGUGGCACUGGGGUGCAUGUUCACGCCUAAGAUGUACAUUAUAAUCGCGAAACCAGAGAGGAAUGUCCGAAGCGCCUUCACCACAUCUGAUGUGGUGCGAAUGCACGUUGGAGAUGGGAAGUCGGCUCAAUGCGGGAGCAACAGCUUCUUCAAUAUGUUACGCCGGAAGAAGGCUGUAUCUGGCAAUGCCAAUUCUAAUGGCAAGUCUGUGUCAUGGUCUGAAUCAGGUGCAAGACACCCUCCGAGGGGGGGGAAUGUGUGGCACAGACUGUCUGUGCAUGUGAGGAAACAGGAAGCCGGCUUGAAUCAGACGGCGGUCAUCAGGCCCCUAACUAACACCCCCGACCCCCACAGUUGUGAGCCGUCUACCUGCGACCUUGGCACAGACCCCCAUCUCCCCCAAGAUCCACGCAGCACUAAGCCUCUUUACAACCUGGUGGAGGAGGACGAUGAGGGCGAUGCGCAGCGCCCCCUCUGGACUCCAACUUGCUCUGGACAGAUGCAAGGGCUGGAGUCUGAUUUAGAUAAGCCGGCUUCUUAUUUGCCCUCCCACUUGAAGGGCUGCACUGCGGAGCGCUUGCAGGGAGCUGUGGUGGACACACACAGCUCCCAUGUCCCUGCACUGAGUGACUAUACUGCCAGAGAGGCAAUCCCUACCAACGAGCCUUUGAGCUUGACCCCCUCUCAGCUUCCUUCAGCCCCACAACUUGGGUCGUUUGAAGAGGAGGGGCCCGAGGACGAGGAACUGGACCUCUUGCACAGCUACAUUUAUGAUGCCAAGGAGGAUGGGGAGGGGGAGGACGGGGAAGAGGAGGACGGGGACAGCGAGGAUGUAACUCAGAACAAGCCAAUUCUGGAGGAAUCCCUAGCUCUGUCGCCGCCCUCCCCCUUCAGAGACUCUGUGUGUUCGGGGGAGUCUGUCAGCAGCUCCCCUGUCAUGGAGCUGAUGCUCGGUAGCCAUCUGAGCUCAGUCUACACCUCAAAUAAUUUCCAAGACUUCGCACACAGCUCCUCAACACUGUGAGAGCAAAACAGGCGCUAACGCAGUUGCUGUCAACACACUUGUGCAUCACACAGACAUGCACUUCCACAUACAGGUUCAUGCACAUGCACAAACACACACACACACACAAACAUGUACAGAAACAUACUGUAUAACACCAUUAUUUGAUUAUCAUUUCAAGUUUAUAACAUGUCUUUUUCAUUGUCAUUCGCUUGCUUGUAUUUAUUACUCUGCUUUUAUCAAUAAGGGGUUAAUCAAAGCUAUAAGUAGAAAAAAAGCAGGAAUCAUCCAUGAGUGCUUACAUUUCUGAAGGGC